UCCUACAUGUCCCCAACCUUCAUACGGGCAUGUUUGUCACCCGGAGUGCCCCCGGAGUGUCCUCGGAGUAUCCUCAGAAUGUCCCUGGAGUGUCCCCGGAGUGUCCCCAAGGCACUCCCAGUGUUCCUGGAAUGUCCCCAGCUGCCAUGGAGCCCCUCGAGCUGUCCCCAGCCCUGCUGCAGCCACAGGACAGCGCUGUGGCCAUCCUGGGCGAGCUGCUGGCCACCCUGCCCAGGGAGAAUGAGAUGCUGCUCGGGGGGUCUGCAGUGAGCCUGCACCGGGACCUGGAGGAAUUCACCAGGGAACUCCGGGCCACCCUGUACCGCACUGAUGACACCUGGCGGCUCUGGAAUGUCACCAAUGAUGAUAUUAACCCUCUUACCUCCCUGAGCCAGGCCCUGGCCACCUAUGACAGCAACCCAGGGACUCCCCAGAAGUGUGUGAUAUGGCCGUUCCUCAGAUGGCAGAUGUCACUGGGAGGAAUUGAGAAAAGCUGGGCCAAGCUGGCCAAGAAAGCAACCAAGCUCCACAAGACCUGCAGGGAGGUGGUCACUGAGGUGGCCUCUGAGGAGGCCACUGCCACCACCCGGGCAAGAGAGCUGCAGGACGAGGCUGCCCGUUAUGCGACACCUCAGGAAAAUAUGGUGGAGCCAGGUCAGGCCCUGGGCGGGGAGGAGGGGGCCGAGAUGGUGGCCAGGCAUGAAGCCCAGGUGAGGAGAGAUGCCAAGGUGGCUGCCAGCGAGGCAACAAGGGCCACCAUGGUGAGACAGCGGGUGGAGGUGGCCCUGGGGCUGCUGGAGCAUUUGGUGGCCGCGUGUGAUGAAGCCACCGCAUUCCCUCGGGAGUUGUCCCACCUGCCCAGGGACAUGGAGGACACCCUGGAGGGGAGAAAGAAGGAGUUCUCCUAUGUCCCCGAGGCCUUGGUGGCCAAGGCUGCCCUGGCCAAGCGGCUGUGGGAGGCCAGCGCCCGCCAGGCCAUGCGUCACCUGGUGAGGACAUUUCCAGACGCCAUCAAGUUCUUGUUCACUGGUGGUCCCACCAGCCCCAGUGCCUGUGGGGUGGCCAAGCGGUGCCAAAGAGCCAUCGAGGACAUCCCAAGGCUCCUUCAAACUCCGGAGUGUCCCCAGAGUGUCCCCAGGGAGUCCCCAGUGAGCAUGGAACUCCAAGAGCUGUCCCCGGCCCUACUGCAGCCACAGGUCACCGUGGUGGCCACCCUGGGUGAGCUGCUGGACACCGUGCCCAGGCGAGACAAGGAGAUGAUGCUGCUUGGGUCUGCAGGGAGACUGUACCAGGACCUGGAGGACUUCACCAGGGACCUCCGGGUCACCCUGUACUGCAUUGAGGGCACCUGGUGGCACCGCAAUGUCAUCUCCGAUGGUGAUAACCCUGUAACCUACCUGAGCCAGGCCCUGGCUGCCUACAAGAGCACCCCAGGGACCCCCCGGAACCGUGUGACAAUGGCAGCCAGCAAGUGGCACAGGUCAGCGUAUGCGCUCGUGAACAGGUGGGCCAAGCUGGCCGAGAAAGCCACCAAGCUCCAUGACACCUGCAGAGAUUUGGCUGCCAAGGCGGCCACCAAGGCAGCCACAGCUACCGCCCGGGCCAGGGAGCUGUAG